AUGCCAAAACUUCUUGAUGCUCCUAAUAUUGCAAAAGAUCCUAAUAAAAAAACAAAACUAUACUACUAUGAUCUUAUGUUAGCAAAAGGUCAUCGUUACCCAAGAAAUCUCACAUGCAAAAGUCUUAAGAUCAAAAGAAAAAUGAUAAAAAACUUUAAGAUUUUAAGAGAUAAGUUUGGAGUUCCGAAAAGAACUCAGAGAAAAAGGAUUUUUGAGAAGCUUGUGUCAACAAGGUUUAAAUAA